AUGUUCACCCGCGCUCUAUCCGCUUUUCUCUUUCUGACACUCAUUAUUCUCUUAAUACCCCUCACUUUCGAUAUCGGUGGACGCGAUGCCGGCCUCGCCUACUCUCUGUCCAUCGCCUCGUUUUACUUUGUCCUCUCUGUGUUGCGAAUUUCCACGCCAGAUCGAUCAGGAUUCAGAAGGGUCCUUAUCAACAUUCUGCGGGGUUUACAAUGGAUCAUCUUGCCCGGUCUCUGCAUCUGGGCGUUGGGAAGAUUCUCGGUGGACGCAGACAACAGUGGAGGCUGGGUGGAGAGAACCUUCAGACCCAAGAAGGGUUUGUGGGACUCCCAUUCUAACCUCUGGGAUUCUCUCUUUGGACCAGAAGGUCUCCUUGAAAAUACGGCUAUUGGCGGAUGGGAUGUCCUUCUGCGAUGGUCCUCACCAAUAUUUCAACUUCUCGAGGGCUUUUGCAGCCUCCUGGUCAUACAGGCCGUCGGUCAAUUCUCUCGAUGGUUAGUGAACAGGAGCGAAUGGAGCGACGCCUGGCUCCUCACUCUCUUGGUCACUUCUGCCGCGGUGGUGUCAAGUUCGGUCUACUUUCUCUGGCGAGUCUUGCAAUUCCCCGAUGUCUCUAGUCUCGACUCGACUCUCAUCGGCAUUGCCAUCGCCUCCGCCAUAUUUCUCGGUGGAUAUGGCACCGUCUCCGGAAGAGGCACGGCCAUGGAAUCAUCCCUCCUCUUCGCCUACAUUGUUCUGUGCAUCUACCAAAUCUUCACAGACUACAAACCGAACAUCCCUACCGCGCCCGGAACAGCUUCUUCAGCGCCCGAUUUUCCGCCCUUCCCGCCCAUAAUCAUGUCCUCUUAUACGGCCAUCAUGCACGCGUUGUCCUCGCUUCCAGGCGCCCUAGUCAACGCUUUGGAUUUCAUAGCAGCAGCAUUUAAGGCCGUCACGCCUUCGGUAUUGAUCUCCCUGGGAUAUCGCCUGUUCGUCUUCUACGCGUCGACUCGCAUCAUUCCGGCAAUCAACGAAAGUGGUGCACGAGGGCUGAGCAUGGAACCGUCUCUCGAUGAUUCCAAUGCGGGCAAUCAAUAUCUCGCCUUCUUAUCCUGGUUUUCCCCCAGCAUUCUCAUCGCCGUUUACACGAGUCUUCUCAUGCAACAUUUUGCAACCACGAUGGGAGGCUACUCGCCAGGGCUAACUGAAACCAUCGGCGCAUGGUGGAGCGGUAAUGGUCAACCAGGGAUGAACGGAAACCUGUGGAAAUGGGUGAAUUUGGUCGGCACGAUGGGAUUGUAUGCGAUCGAGUUGUGGCUGGGCAAAGAAGAUGACAUCGACGGCGGGCACUGGAAGGUUGAUUGA